UCUUAUCGGCGCCAUUUUUGCAGUAUUUUUUUUCUUCUCUCUGUUGUGUGUCACUCUGUUAUUCGAUUCGAUUCCUAUUUUUCUUCUCCUCCUCUAAAUUCAACUAAUCCAUUCAACUUCCCCUUUUUUCUCUUAUCCAUAUCAAAUAAUUUCAUCCAUUUAUUUUAUCUAACACAGUACAAAACUGUACUGGAAAUUCUACUUCAGCUCAUUUCUACAGAGUUUUACAGAGAUGGUUUUUUUCCCCCUGAUUUGGGUUUGAUCUGAUCAGGAAAAGAAAGUUUUUUUUGCUUGUUUUGAGGUGAAUUGUUGGUGGGUUUUUGUUUCUUGAAGUUGAUUGAGCUUGAAUUGGAUGUGGGUUUUUGAUUGUGGUUUGAUCUGAAUUGAUUUUUUUUAUGGGUUUUGUAAUUUAUGGGAAAUGAUUGGUUCCUGUGUUUAAAUUGAACUGAAUUGGAAGUGGGGUUUUUGAAUUUUUUGAUAUUUCUCUUAAUUUGGGUUUGAUCUGACCAAAAAAAUCAAGUUUUUUUCAUGUAGAUUGGAGUUGAAUUUUUGGUGGUUUUUUGUAAUAUAUGGGAACUGAUUUUGGUCCAGGUGUUUGAAUUGAGCUGAAUUUGAAGUGGGUUUUUGAAAUUUUUGACAAAUUCUUGUGCUGGUCACUGAUUUGACCUUCUUGUUGUGCAAACUCUGAUGGGUGUUUUUUUUGGCCUUAAAGCUACGUCAGAUCAACAGAUUGUGUCUUUAUCAACUGAGUUAACCUUUCUUGUAAGUGAAAGGUGAUCAAUAGUGGAAGAGAGAGAGAGAGAGAGACAGAAUAAAAAAGGUGUCUUUUGGGGAUAUUACUAUUAAAAAAUUUGAAAGGGGGCAAUAGUUUUGAUAGAUCUGCUCUAUAUGUUAGUUGCAGUUAUAUUAUUUCUAUACUUGUAAGUUGUGAUGUAGAGGAUUGUUUCAAGAGCUAAUUAUGUAUGCAUGAUUGUUCAAGGGUUGCUGAAAAGUUCAUAACUUUUUGGUGGAUUAGAUUCGAUACGGACUGCAGUAGAAGUGAAUUGGAUUUCCAUUAGCAGUCUGUUAAUUUCCCCCCUUUUUGAUUGUGUGAUGAUGGUGAAGUUGUUGGAUUGAGGUGGAGGAUUCGUUAAUAGAUUUUGAAGACUCGAAGGAGGAUAUUAAUACAGAUUCGAAUAGGGGAAUAGGGUGUUUGUUUGUUUAGUUGUUCUGGAGUGCUUACAGAAUUUAGUCCGGGGCCUCGGGAUGGGGUCCUGCUUGUCAUCUGAUAGCAGGAGUCCUCAUCCUGGUUCUCCUGCAUCUACAAUUAGGAAGAGGAAGAACUCAAAGAAGAGGUCAGGAUCGCGGAAUUCUUCCUUUGACAUUCAUAAGGAAGAGCUGCUGCAUAGGAUUCCCGGGCGUAUGUUCUUGAAUGGUUCUAGUGAGGUGGCUUCACUCUUCAGUCAGCAGGGAAAGAAAGGGACUAAUCAAGAUGCUAUGAUUGUGUGGGAGAAUUUCGGUUCCAGAGAAGAUACUGUUUUCUGUGGUGUUUUUGAUGGUCAUGGUCCUUUUGGUCAUAUGGUUGCAAAACGAGUCAGAGAUGCACUUCCCUUAAAGCUAAGCACACACUGGGAAGUUAAUAUAAAAAGUGAAGACGUUCUAAGAGAGAUCAGUCUCAACACGGGGAGUAGCCUAUAUCCUGAGGAUGCUGUCCUCAUCUCUGCUGAGGAGUCGAGGCUCUCAAUUGAUGUUGAAGAGACCGAAAAACACUUGGAAGUAUUUCAGACAUUGAAGGAGUCAUUUCUGAAGGCGUAUAAGGUUAUGGAUAGAGAACUGAGAAGCUAUACCAAUAUCGACUGCUUCUGUAGUGGAACAACAUCAGUAACGCUAGUUAAACAGGGUGAGAAUCUUGUUAUUGGUAAUGUUGGAGACUCUAGAGCUGUGCUGGGUACGAGAGGCGAGGAUGAUUCUCUCACUGCAGUGCAAUUGACAGUAGAUCUUAAGCCCGAUUUACCAGCGGAGUUUGAGAGGAUUCGCAAAUGUAAAGGGCGAGUGUUUUCUCUUCAAGAUGAACCAGAUGUUGCAAGAGUGUGGAUGCCAAAUAGCAACUCUCCUGGACUUGCCAUGGCUCGUGCUUUUGGCGAUUUUUGCCUCAAGGAUUUUGGUGUCAUCUCAGUACCUGAAAUUUCUUACAGGCGUUUAUCCGAGAAAGAUGAAUUCAUUGUUCUGGCGACAGAUGGGAUUUGGGACGUACUUUCAAAUGAUGAAGUAGUAAAUAUUGUCGAUUCGGCUUCAUCCCGUUCAUCUGCAGCUCGAUCACUUGUUGAAGAAGCCGUUCGAGCCUGGAAGAUCACAUACCCAACUUCUAAAGUCGAUGACUGUGCAGUUGUCUGCCUCUUCCUUGAUUCAAACUCGAAUAACUUCUCUACUGCUUCUAGUACUGAGGACAACGACAAGACUUUCGUCUCAAUGGGAAUGAGUGAAGUUAGCAACAGUACGGGUGGUGCCCUUAGUCCACCUGCAUUGAAUCGUUCCUGUACUGUUCGAGAAGGUGAAGAGGUUUCAGCAGUCAGCAACGAGGAAGCCUCGGAACAGGAUGAGUUGCUACCUAAGACGGAAAAAGAAUGGUCUGUUCUUGACGGGGUAGCUGUUGGAGGAUCAAAAUACAAGAAGAAAUAGUAAGAACUUGCCUUGCACCAGGCGCUUACACCAAACCAAUGGAUGCAUGACAUGUGUUUGCACAUCGACUUUCCUCACUUUAACUAUGGUUAACAUAUAUUUUCACCUCGUUAUUAACCAUGGUCAGCCGCGUCUAGGUGUUAGUAAGUUUUUACCAUGUCCAAAUGUGGAUUCAUUUCUCUGUCUUAAUUUCCAUUUUGUUUAGUUCUUAUGAUCAGUUUUUUUUACUGUAAUAAUUCUUUCUCUAUAGUUUAUGUAACAGUACUAGCUAUUUAUUUUUUU